GUGGGGCGGAGAGUGUGGGGUAUGAGGGUGGACUGCGUUCAUUAAUCGUUUUCACAAAUAAAUUCCCUUUGGCUGCAGAAUGUCGCUGGCGUGUUAGCAUGUAGAGACUCAUACAACAGACAACACAUGCAUGUGGCCCAUCCUGUCACCGCCCUGCCUUCAUAUUUUUCCAAACAGCACCCUGACAGGCCAGCUGGGCUUAUGUGAAAUACAGCAGGAUUCAGUGGCAGUCAUGAAACUUUUAGUGAUGGGAGGGGGUUGGGGGGGGGGAUCAUGUUCCUCAUGCAUCCUGGGAAUCAAUUAUUAAGCGUUUGUCAAAUGCCCCCCAUCCGACGGGCUCCUUCUGCACUGGCCGCUGCUCCCACCUCACCUUCGGGACGAAUUCGCCUGACAAAAACCAACCGCAUCAUGCGAUCUAGGGUCACUCUCGUUUAUCUGCUCUGUGCUUUUGGCAGAACAGCUUCCAAAAAAGGGGUGAAAUGUGGGGGCAUCCUGUCAGCGCCCGUGGGCAACGUGACCAGCCCCAACUUCCCGGGCCUGUACCCAUACAGCACAGAGUGUUCCUGGCUCAUCGUGGUGGCUGAGGGCUCCUCCGUACUGCUCACCUUUCACCAUUUCGAGCUGGAGUACCACGCCGACUGUGCCUACGACUAUAUCAAGAUCUACAACGGCGUGGCUGACGACGAGGGCAACCUGCUCGGCAAAUUCUGCGGGGACAUCUGGCCUCCACACUUCACGUCCUCCUGGAACGUCAUGUCCAUUAUCUUCCGCUCUGACCGGCACGUGGCACACAGGGGUUUUGCCGUCGGAUACCGGAAAGACAUGUGUGGUGGAGUCCUAACUGGGCUGUCAGGCACCAUUUCCAGUCCGGGCUACCCCUUAGAGUACAGCAACAAUGCAGACUGCUCCUGGACUAUUCACGUGUCCAACCGCACUGUGGUCACCCUGGUCUUCAUCGACUUCCAACUGGAGAACAACCAAGGAUGCAACUUUGACUUUGUGGCCCUGUUUGAUGGGCCCACUGUCACCCACAGGCACCUGGGGAACUACUGUGGGAACAGCAUCCCACCAAACACCGUCACCACCUCCAACCAGCUGCUGGUGGUCUUUAAGUCUGAUUUCAACAUUGGAGGAAGAGGAUUCAAGGCCUACUACUACUCGGGAGAAUGUCAGCAGGUCCUAAGCAUGAUUAGAGGGAACUUCACUAGCCCACACUACCCUAGCAUCUACCCCAACAACAUCCACUGCCACUGGACCAUCUCACUGGCACCUGGCUACCGCGUCAAGCUUUUCUUCACCAGCAUGGAUCUGGAAGACAGGAACAGCCUGACAGAUGAAUGCGACUAUGAUUCGGUGGCAGUGCAUGAUGGGAGCAGUGAGUCGGACAACGUGCUGGGCCGCUGGUGUGGGUUCGAGAAGCCUCCGUCGUUGCUGUCUACGGGAAACAAGCUACUGAUCGUCCUCAGCAGCGACCGCAAUGCGGCCUACAGGGGCUUCUCUGCAGCAUACACGGGGGUGGUGCCCAUCAAUGUCAGCUGCACCAGGACAGAGUUCCAGAUCCAGAUAUCCAAGCAGGCUCUCCCACAGCUGGAGCAUGACAGCAUUUACCUGGGGAACCCCUCCUGUCCAGCACAGAUGACAGCCUCUGAGUACAAGAUCUUGGCGCGCUUUGUUAACUGUGGCACAGCUGGCCAGAAACGCAGGAACAUCACGGUGCUGGUAAAUACCCUGUACAUCGACCUGUCUGACGGCAAGCAGGGGGACAUGCAGGAGUACGAGCUGCUGUGUGACGCACAGAGGAAGAUGGCAUCAGCAAGCAUUGUAACAGCCGAGGAACGGGAGCGGCUGAAUGAGCUAGCGAGGCGUGCGGAGGGGGCCGCCCACACUGGGGAGGGCCAGGCCGAGGAAGCCCCACCCCACGACACCAGCGACAUCGUCUUCAUCAGCAUCUGCGUGCUGGCCGUCAUCCUCAUGGUGAUAGCUAUCGUAUGGCUGGUUCUGCUCUAGCGUGCCCCCCUCAGGAAGUGAGCGUAGCUGCGAAGGCCCUUUGAAAUUAAUUUUUUUAAAAAGUGGCAGGUGAUACAACUUUGAUGGUCUCUGAUUUAUUACUAUCGUAAGCUUUUUUACCCUUGAUUAGAUGACAGGGUGGAUCCCAGUGUCAGCUUUCCUGGUUUUGUCAACAACAGAGAGUGCAUGCAAAUGUGUGUUUGUGUGUGAGAGAGAGAGAGAGAGCAUAGGGUGGGCUCUGACUGAACCAGUACCUACUGAAAGAGGGAUGGAUGAAGUAUGACCAGACUGCCUACUGAUGGACAUGUGAUGGGUCUUGGACUUUCCAUCCAAGGUGAUUGGGUUUUCCAUCCAGUCCGCAAUCAGUAUUAAAAGCUGGAUUUAGCUCAAAACAACUUAAGUAUCUCUCUCAAAAAUGUCAUCAUUUUCAUAAUUGGUACAGUGAAUUAUGCAGUGAAUUUCAUGAGAA